AUGCCUGCAGAGGAGGGGAUUUGUGCUAUUUUUACCGACCACUUGCAGGCGGCGCUGGGAUUCAAUACCCCGCUCGGCUCCAGCCCCGGCAGAGCGCGGCUGUCCCAAGGCCAGGCGUCACCUCCCUCCUGCACAGCCAGGUAGGACACUGCCCCUGCCCCUGCCCCUGCCCCGUGGAACAGCACACGCCGCGAUGCCAGAGCCAGAAAAUCCAAGAUCACAGCCUCACGCAAACUCUUGUUGAAGAGUUUGAUGCUGGCCAAAGCCAAGGAGGAGUGGGAUCAGGAGAUUGUGGACAAGCAGGCGGAGAAGGAGAGGUACCUGUCUGAGAGGGUCACUCCGCUGCACACCAGUGGGCUCUCCUUGAGCCAGCUCCAGGACCUGUGCAGGGAGCUGCACGAGAAGGUGGAAAUUGUGGAUGAGGAGAGAUACGACAUUGAGGCGAAAUGCAACCAUAACACCCGGGAGAUCAAGGAUCUGAAAAUCAAAGUUCUUGAUCUCCGAGGGAAGUUCAAGCGCCCUCCCCUGCGCCGGGUUCGCGUCUCGGCCGAUGCCAUGCUCAGGGCUCUGCUGGGCUCCAAGCACAAGGUGUCCAUGGAUCUCAGGGCCAACCUGAAGUCUGUCAAGAAGGAGGACACGGAGAAGGAACGCCCCGUGGAAGUGGGCGACUGGCGCAAGAACGUGGAAGCCAUGUCGGGCAUGGAGGGGAGGAAGAAGAUGUUCGAUGCUGCCAAGUCCCCCACGGGGCAGUGAGAGGAGCACUGGGAAGAAGACCAUCCCCAUCCCUGCUGCCAGCCUGCCCUCACUGCUCCUCUGUCCCUUUGUUCCCUUCCCUGAAUUCCCACUGAGCUGAAACACAAGGACAACGGUGUGGGAAGGAGACCCGAGCUUCUUCCUUCCAGCAGUGCCCUCAGCCCCGCUCCUGCACAUUGUCCUCCCUCCAUCAGCCCAAGGGCCACUGGCCACCCACCCCUCCCAGCCCUCCAGAGACACCCCAGAGGCAGCUGCUGCUCCCCCAUUCCCCGUGCCUGGCGGCUCAGCCUGAGAUGUGUCACCCCGAGAUGUCCCUGUAUUAAAGGACGUGUCCUGGGCCGAGGUCGUGUGGGCUCAUCACUGGGAGAACUCUGCCCAGGGCCAGCUCACCCUGCAAUGUCCCCACUGGCACCCAGACACCGCACUCGGGGUCACACAGGCUUUGGGCUCAUCCCUUCCAGCCCCAGGCUGCUCCUCGUGUCCCAGCGGCUCUGCUGAGCCCCCAGGGCCUCAGGGGUGCAGCAGCUCCCCAGCCACCAGGCUGGGUGGAUAGACCUGCCUGUUCUCCAAGCCCACUUCUUCUCUGGUUUUGGAAAAGCCUUCAGAGCUCUGGACACCAACUCCUUCACCAGCUGGCCACCACAAGCACUGGAGCUGUGGCAAUUGGGCCAGCUCCAUUUCGAGGCUUAAUUCCAGAGCCAAAUCCAUAUUUCAGGCCAAACCACCCGUGCUUCCCCCCCAGCCCAACCAUUUCCUGUGUCACAG